AUGGCAGAAUGCGCCACCCCCGAAACGAUGCAAAUAAUGACGUCAUUCGCCACCAACCUCCCCUACGCCGUCCACGUCAUCGUCUGCUUGGCAACAGUUGUCCUAUCAAUUAUCGCUGUCCGGAUGCUUCUAUACCGUUCCAUUUUUCAUGAUUCUACGAGAAUCCUCUUUUUUGUCAGCCUUUUCUACGCCAAUCUUCACGAGCUCAUGCAAAUUUAUAACGAGGUGAGGGGUUUUUCUCACUUUAUGAAUUUUUUUUGAGCUGUUUCAUCUAAAAAAAUGAAGAUUCUCUUGAUAAUGAAAGUCUCAAAGUGCGCUUUUUCUAGUUAGGGAAAGACGGCGAAUUUUUUUUUCUUUCUCAAUUUUUUUGUUUUCAAUUUUCGUUCAACUUUUCAAGCUCCUUUUUUAGUUUCAAUGAUGAGCUUGACUCAAGUUUAUUGAUUUUGGUAUUUUUCGAAUCUUAAAAUAUUGAUUUUUUGCAUAGGAUUUUGAGAAAUUUGUCUUACUCUGAAAAUCAGAAGAUCAUCUAAAAAAUAGCAACAAAAAUCAAUAAAUAAAGACCCUGUAGUGUUCCUAAAACUUCUAAGGUACCCCUUAAGGGAUUCUGUACCUUCCCAUAAUAUUAGAUCGUUGAAAAAGCCGAAAAUUUAGAAAAAAAGUCAAAAAAAUCAAUAUUUGGUAUUUUUUUAAGUCUAUUUUUUUGACUUUUUUUCUAACAUGGAAUACUAUGGGAAGGCACAAAAAAACUCUUAGCACCUUAGAAAAAAAUUCAUAAUAAAGACCUUACAAUGUUCCUACAACGUCUAAGGUACCCCUUAAGGGUUUCUGUACCUUCCCAUAAAAAAAUAAUCUUUGAAAAAAAGUUAAAAAAAUAUUCUUAAAAAUAAUGCCAUCAAUUUCUAAUCUUUAAGAACUUUGUAAAAAAAUUGGCUUUCAAACGGAAUUCUAACAGCUUUUUUUGUUCAUAAGCCUUCACAAAAAAAUCGUGAUUUUUUUGAUUUUUCCAAAAUUUUUUUCAGAUUCAAGUACAAAGUUAGAAAGCAAAAAAUAACUACUAGAUGAAAAAUUUUGAAUUAUCUCGGCAUGCUAUAAAGUACGGACGUUUAAAAAGUGCGAUCGGUGCGUACGCCUAUAAAACACGAUCGCUUUUUUUGUGCUCCAUCGCAAAUUUAUAAAGUACGGGCGUUUUUUGAAUUUUUAUUAUUCUUUUGAAAUAAAAAUAAUUUUUUUUCUAUGGUUUUCUGAUCAGUAUAGGAAGGUCUCUUAUUAUUUUUGACAUUUUCCAGUUUUUUCCAGGUAACCGCGUUCUACCGAAGCAUGAUCUAUGCCGAUGCUCCAUGCAAAAUUCUGGUUACUCAAGAAAGUUGUCGAUUGGAGAAUAAUCUGAUAGUUUCCUCCAUAGCGGGCAUGGUUUUCGUCGAAUGCGCUCUAACGAUGGACAGGUUCAUUUUAUUCAUUUUUGCUUUCAAAUUUCAAGAUUAUUCAGAAUAAUCGCCACCUACUCCCUCAAGAAAUCCGUCACAAUGUCAUCAUCUUCAGGAUUCGUUCUAGCAUUAGCUGCGGUGAGAAUAAAUAAAUUGCCCCCCCUUGGCAUGCCAAUCUUCAGUAAUCCAUAAUGUCGUUUUUAUUACUGUAGUAUUACGGUGGCCUGGUCUACUGUGGUAUUACUGUAGUGUUACUAUAGUCUUACUGUAAUUUGGGUUACUGCAGGAUGGCAUGCCAGGGGGUGUGGUGUGUAGUAGCGUAGUAUUACUGUAGCUUGGGGUACUGUAGUCUUACUGUAGUUAGGAUUACUGCAGGAUGGCAUGCCAGGGGUGUGGUGUGUAGUAGCGUAGUAUUACUGUAGUAUUACUGUAGCUUGGGGUACUGUAGUCUUACUGUAGUUUGAGUUAGUGUAGGAUGACAUUUCAGGGGGUUUGGUGUGUAGUAGCGUAGUAUUACUGUAGUAUUACGCUAGCUUGAGGUACUAUAGUCUUACUGUAGCUUGGGUUACUGUAGGGUAGCAUGCCAAGGAGGGGAGGCGGCAUAAUCUACUAGAAUAAUCCUUUUCAUCAACGAAAAUCAAAACUUUUUCAGAUAAUCGGCAGUAUUCUCGUCCCAUUUAUCACCUUCUACGGUGACCCCUACACUGGAUACGUACAAAAUUGCAUGUUAAUGCCGGCUCAGAGCAAAAACCGCGCCAAUACUCUACUUUUCUGUUACACUAUCAUAAACAUUGUGAAUAUCGCCCUAAACUCCGUUAUUAUUUAUAUCAACAAGCGACAAGAUCGAGGGUUAGUCCCUUUUUUCCAAAGGGCACUUUCGAAAUUAUAGCUAUUUGUGAGUCAAAGCAACUGAUAGGGGGUUUGAGGCUUCUUGGAAAAAGAAAAUUUCCGAUUUUCUUUCUAGUAUGUAGCUGCGAAAGAAAAAGUACAAGGCUCUAAAAAAUAAAAUUGAACGCAUUAACAAUGAUCGUAAGCGUCGCGGUCGCGUUGCGGCUGACAUUAGGUAACUGAAACGCAAGUCGUUUUAAGUCGGAUGUAUUAGCCAUUCACCUUGCGACCAAAGGAAACUGAGUAUUUCUCAUGACUUGAAGCCUUCAUUUUAGUAUAAUCAAAAGCGUUGCGGCUGACAUUAGGUAACAAACGCGCAAGUCGUUUCAGGUCGGGUGCACUUUAAUAUUAGCUAUUCACCUUGCGACCAAAGGAAACUGAGUAUGCUACUCUUUUCCGCAAGGCCCUAGUUUGAAAACUGCCCCCAGGCGUCGCGGUCGCGAAGCGGUUACAUCGAAUAAUCUGUUAUCCUAAUACCACAACCCGAAAGUAGUUUCUAGUCGGGUGAAGCAACUAAUAAAUACUUCAUUUGACCGUUUCGCAACCGCAACGCUUUGAGGAAGUUUUCGCAAAAUCAGAGUUUUUAAGCACCCGACCAAAAACUACUUUCGCGCUGUGGUAUCCUCCAGCAUAGAAACAAGCUUGAAACAGGCCGAAGAUUGAAAAAAAAAAGCCUCUCUUUUUUCAACAGCCGAACCGCAGCGCAACCGCAACGCGUCGAGCCAUUCCAAGCCGUUUUUAAAAAUUUAAUCAAUCUAAAUUUGUACCUCAAAAUCUAUAUGGUUUAAUAGUUGAUUUCAUCCAGUUGUACUUUCAAAAAAAGCCCAAGAAUGAGAAAAUAAUCGAGAAAAAUUUCAGGACUCGCUUCAAGUUAAAACUACGAUACCAGGCUCGAGAAACCCUUAUCUCAACUUUGGCCGUUUGUACCAUCACGACGGCUCAAUUUAUAGCAUUGGCUAUUUAUUCCGGCGGGAUUUUGCUCAUGAGAACUAAUCAGGAUCAUUUCACGUUAUUCGCCUAUUUCGCAAUCAUUCCUUGGGUUUAUGUGAGUAUUUUUCAUAUUCUGCUUUGAAAAUCGCUUUCGAUAUAGCUCAAGCCUCACUUGAAAAAUCAGAGAUUUGAGAUUAGAAAAAAAAAAUUGAGAAAAAAGUUAUUUACUGGGGGCUAGACAAGUUUCACCCUUAAAACAAUAAUGUUAAUUGUUCAUCUUGAAAUUAAAAAUAUGUUGUAGGAUUUUUUUCUCUCGCAUAUUGAAGACCUAACAUCUCAGAUGGACCAGUUUACUGAAAAAUGGCAAAAAAAAAUUUCCGCCGGGUGGAUCCGAACCUGCGCUACUAAAACCUUAUUGAAAUCCUCAUCAUUUGUAUAAAUUUUCAUUUUUAUUUUGCAAAGAGUUUCCCAUGUUCAUUUUUUUGUAAGUCCCAAGCUAGUUGGUUCAAUCUGAACUUGGGACGCUGAGAGGCGAGACACUGUCUGCGCUCUCCACCAACUAGACGCUAUCUCUCCGUUUUAAUCGUGCCAAGACCCUUUUUCGACGGCUCAAGCCUUGACCAUAAGGAUCUUUAGCUUCCAAUUAAAAAUGAACCACAUCUUAGCCUUUCCCACCAAUUUUCUCUUCAUUUUUCCCAAUUUUUCAGGCGGUUCCCUACGCGGCCAUCUCCCUGCCAACCUUAAUAAUCGUUUGCGUCAGUAUCACCGGGAAAGACCGACGUCGAGCUAUCGAAGUCGUCCAAAACACCAAGGAAACCCAAGAAGGCCGAAUGAAAAGCCUCAACGAGAUGUGGAACAACUCUUAUUGA